AUGAAUCGGCUCGGCCUCCUCGUCCUGCUCACCGUGGCCAGGCUGGCACACGGGAUAUGGAACAACUGUGGAUGGACCUGCGGGCUCCGACCCAUGGUGUCUGACUCCACACCUGAUGACUAUGGCUUAACACGCAUUGUGGGUGGCAGAGAUGCCAAGCCAGGGGCCUGGCCUUGGAUGGUCAGCAUCCAGCAUCCCUGGAUACCAGGCAGUAAUAAACAUUGGUGUGGAGGGUCUCUCAUCUCUUCAGACUGGGUCCUCACAGCAGCCCAUUGCUUUGACCUCAUUAAGAAAAUUGGCAUCCUGAAUGUGGUGAUUGGGGCCACCCAGUUGACUCAGCCUGGCCCUGGGGCUCAGGUGCGCAAGAUUAAGAAGCUACUUCCCCACGAAAACUACAACGAAAGCGAUAUAACGAAUGACAUAGCUUUGCUGGAACUGAACAAGCCUGUCAAGUGCAAUCCUUACAUCCAGCUAGCCUGUGUGGCUGACCCCACUGUAAGAGUUUCAGAGCUGCAAAACUGCUGGAUUGCUGGCUGGGGUACAACCACAGAAGGAGCUCAAAACUCAAGUGAUCGCCUGCAGGAGGCCAAAGUCCGACUCAUCGAUCUCCAGCUCUGCAACAGUAGCCGCUGGUAUGCAGGGAAAAUCCACCCCCACAACUUGUGCGCUGGUUACCGACGGGGCAAAAUCGACACCUGCCAGGGUGACAGUGGUGGGCCUCUCAUGUGCCAGGACAUGAAUGCUGACUCCUGGUGGGUUGUUGGAAUAACCAGCUGGGGAAGAGGCUGCGCCAGAGAAAGGCUGCCUGGAGUCUACACCUCCACUCAGUACUUCUAUGACUGGAUCCUGGCCCAGAUGGGACUGAGUCCAUUUGAAAAUGCUUCCUGA